UAUGGAAUAUAUUUCUCACCUGGUCAGUAACAGAAUUUACAUGCAGUGGUUAAUUGCUUGGUAAAUAAAACACUUUGGACAAUUGAAGGUAACCUCAAGGGAAUGGACAGUUGGUGAGACUGUAUCUCCUAGAAUUUCGUAGAUGAAAUGAGCAGCUCAUGAGCCAGGGAUAAAUAGGGACCACGCUGAGGUUUAGAAUUUUAUUUCGAGAUGGCAGCGGUUGUAUCUAUGUACCUUUUCCUAAUGGCUGUAUUUACAGUCUCCUGUGAAAUAAUUGUGAAUUUGAAUAUAAGAGAAGAGAAACCUGUGUCAACUCUGGUUGGAAAUAUAGCUAGCUUGAGUAACCUGACGAGAAAAAUGACACCAGAAGCUUUCCAGAGUCUGCGGUACAGCUUCUUGGAUCAAACCAAAGGAGAUGAUCUCUUCCGUGUUGACAAUGAGGCUGGUGAUUUGUUUACUAAUGCAGUGAUUGACAGAGAGAAUGAAUGUGGAUUCAACCAGGAAUGUGUUUUCCAAUUUGACAUUGCAGCCCACUCUUCCAUUCACUCUAGAUUUGAAAUAAUAUCAGUGAGAGUGACUCUUUUGGACAUUAAUGAUCAUACUCCCAUUUUUCCUUCUUCAGUUGUGAACAAGAGUUUGUCAGAGUCUGCAGUGAUUGGGUCCACCAUACAAGUGGAUGAGGCAUCAGAUCUUGACUCUUCAGCUCUGAAUGGAAUCAAAAGCUACUCCAUGCUCACUACUGAUUCUCCAUUCCUGUUCAAUGCCUCUAAAGUAAGUGAUGGAUUCACUCUCCAGUUGAAACUGAAUUCAGCUAUAAACAGAGAGAAAAAGGAUAAUUAUGAAUUGAAGAUUAUAGCAGUAGAUGGUGGGUCCACUCCCAGGACUGGAACUCUGACCAUAAAAAUAGAAGUAACCGAUGAGAAUGACAAUGCCCCACAAUUUGAGAGACAAGUUUUUGAUGUCAGUUUGAGGGAGGACAGGGAUGUGGGCUUCCAGGUGAUCCAGCUCUCAGCAACAGAUGCAGAUAUCGGGCAAAAUGGACAAAUCACAUAUAAAUUCAAUCCUCGACAAAGUUUCAUAGCAGAAAUCAGUCAAUACUUUGCAAUCAAUGAAACUACUGGAAAAAUUAAUUUGAAAAACAAGCUGUCACAAAACACCAGAAAAAAUUACAACAUAACCGUGGAUGCCAGUGACUUAGGACAACCUCCAAAAGUUUCCCAGUGUGUGGUUCGUGUUUCUAUAAUUGAUGUUGGAAACAACCGGCCAUUGGUUCGGAUUACUUUAUUAUCUACAGGCAACACUGGAGCAGUGAGCGAGUCCUCUAGUGUUGGUACAGUGAUAGCGCAUGUGACUGUAGAAGACACUGACUCUGGUUCUAAUGGUAUUGUCACCUGUAAAAUUCUUUCUGAGGAGUUUCAGCUACAAACUGUAUUAAAUAAGGGUUACAUUGUGGUCAUCAACAAAUCCCUGGACCGUGAAAUCUCAGACAAGUACAAUCUCACUGUGGAAUGCAUUGAUCAAGGAAAUCCACCACUAUCCACAUCUUCAACAUUAGUGGUUCCAAUUUCAGAUGAAAAUGACAAUGCUCCUGAGUUUUACAAGAAUAUAUAUCAAGCAUCUAUCAGGGAAAAUAAUGCUUUUGGAGAUGGAAUCACCCAAGUUCUUGCCAGAGAUCAAGAUGUUGGAAAGAAUGCUGAAAUAAAAUAUAUUUUAUCCCCUGAAUCAAAGGAAAAAUUGGCCAUUAAUGAAGAAACUGGAGUCAUCACAGCAAACUUUAGGUUUGACAGAGAAAACAUGUCAUCAUAUUUCUUUCACAUCCUGGCAGUUGAUAAAGGGAGCCCUUCUAUGACUGGAACUGCUACAAUUCAUCUAACAGUGGUGGAUGCAAAUGACAACAAGCCAACAUUUAGUGUUCCUGUAUUUCAGUUUUUUGUGAUGGAGAACAUGGGACCUCAACUUAAAGUAGGCUCUCUCAGUGCCACUGACCUUGAUGAAGGUGACAAUCAAAAAAUUCUUUUUGAUUUCCACCCAAAUUUCAAAAAUCUUCCCAGCAGUCAACUGCCAUUUGAGGUUCUACCAUCAGGGAUAAUAUCUACAAAGAGAGAUCUAGAUAGAGAGGAUAGAAGCAAGUAUUCAUUUGAUUUAGUGGCUGUAGAUCAGGGAACGCCAAGAUUAACCAGCACAAGUAGAGUCAUUGUGUAUGUAGCUGACCAAAAUGACAACAAACCUUUUAUCACCUUCCCAUUGUUUUCUAACCAGACUGUCACAGUGUCUUAUCAAGCUAAUGUUGGUACAGUGAUCACUCAGAUUCGAGCUUAUGACCUGGAUGAAACUGGACCAAACAGUCAACUCAGGUACUCCAUCUCAGCUGGCAAUGAGAAGGAUAUCUUUUCUAUUGGAGAAACCUCAGGCACCAUCUACCUCAAGAGAACUUAUGAAAUAACUGAAAAUACUCCAUUUAAGCUCAGGAUUAAUGUCAGUGAUAUGAAUGUCUCUCAUAUGAAGUCUUCAUUCCGUGACAUGACCAUCGUUUUAACUCUUCCCACCGCAAGUUCUCAGGCUUUAGAAGAUGGAGGAACAAAGAAUAUCAUCAUCACCAUUGCUGUUGUUGCUCUCACCAUCAUCCUCUCAGCUGUCAUCAUCACUGUCAUCAUCAUUCUACGACGCAAUGACCAGAAACUGCUCAAAAGCAAACGCUCAGAUGACAUAGUAAAAACAAUGUAUGAUCCUGCCACUCCUGGGGACUGCUCAUCCCCAAAUCUGGAAAAGAACCCCAGUGACAUGGUGUCCAGCAUUGUAGACACACCCCGCAAGAAAAAAGAAGUCAGCUUCACUUUUGAAAUGGAAAAUAUGCAGCUAUUUCAGGGAAGCCAAAGAAGUCAGGAACAGAGAGACGAAAUUUCUAACAGCAGGCAAAAUAAUAUGAAAGCCCUCAAUUCAUCACUCCUAAACAACCUUGGAGGAUCCCAUAAUCAGCAUCACCCAGAUAACAUGAGUGAUUCCUCAGGGGAGAUAACUGCAUCAGAUAGUGGACGAGGAGGCAGUGACCUUGACCUCUCACUACAUCUACCUAAAUCAGACGAAAGACAAAACAGAGGAGAUUUCAAACUCAGAAUGAAUCCAAAUCAGGGAACCAGGCCAUAUGGGAACCAGUAUGAAAAUAUAAACUAUGUGAAUACUCAUCACACAAAGAACAAUAAUCAAAGGGAAGCAAUCCCUGCCAGACCUCCUAGAUGUCGCUCAGACAAUAAAGUGUACCUUUCUGAAGAGGAUACCUCAUCAAAGACAGAUUGCUUUCCAUCCUAUGUAUAAUCAGGGGUAGAAAGUGAACCAUUUGACUCAGAUGGGUCGUUGUUAAAUUGUGCCAAACAAUAUGUUUACAUGUCUCAUAGCAACUGUUGUAUGUAAUCAUCUCAUUGAA